AUGGAGCCAGGGAACGAGUGGUUUGCCACUGGAUCCAGCGAUAGAACCAUCAAGUUGUGGGAGCUUGCAUCAGGUCGACUGAAGCUGACCCUCACUGGCCACAUCAGUGCAGUCCGGGCCCUCACAGUCAGCCACCGUCAGCCCUACCUCUUCUCUGCCGGGGAAGACAAACAGGUCAAGUGCUGGGACCUUGAAUACAACAAGGUGGUCCGUCACUACCACGGUCACCUGAGUGGUGUCUACUGCAUGUCCCUCCACCCGACCAUCGACAUCCUCCUGACUGGAGGCAGGGACGCCACGGCUCGCGUGUGGGACAUGCGGACAAAAGCCUGCAUCCACACCCUCGGUGGACACACCAACACAGUGGCCGAUAUCCUGACACAAGCACCCAAUCCUCAGUGUUCUUGCCUUGUGCACUGCACUGCAGGGGACAAUGGGAGCCUUCACUUCUGGGACUGGAAAACUGGCUACAACUUUCAGAAACACCAGACCACAGUGCAGCCAGGGUCGCUGGACAGCGAGGCCGGCAUCUUCAAGUGUCUGUUUGAUGUGAGUGGUUGCAGACUCCUCACUGCCGAGGCCGACAAGACAAUCAAGAUUUACAAAGAGGACGACACUGCGGUUCUCUGUAGUGACGGCCCCACACAAGACAUUCUUGGCAUGCAGAGCGUCUCCUUGUUUGUUUGUAGUGCACCACAUCCUCAGAUUGCAGAAAAUGUGGCUCUUACUCUUAAUUCCCUGGCUCUUAUACUGAAACGGACAUUGCUUUCACACAGUCCUACUGGUGCCAAUGUUGGAGACAUCUAUGAACAUGCUGGAAAGGAUCGAAUUGGCCUUCCUUCACAAACCCUGGUCCUGAGCAAGGGGACUCAGCAGCUGGUCCCCCGCCGGGCGCUCCAGACGGUGCGGCCAGAGUGGCACCCUCCGUGGAAACUGAUGAGGGUCCUCAGCGGCCAUCUCGGCUGGGUACGAUGCAUCGCCAUGGAGCCAGGGAACGAGUGGUUUGCCACUGGAUCCAGCGAUAGAACCAUCAAGUUGUGGGAGCUUGCAUCAGGUCGACUGAAGCUGACCCUCACUGGCCACAUCAGUGCAGUCCGGGCCCUCACAGUCAGCCACCGUCAGCCCUACCUCUUCUCUGCCGGGGAAGACAAACAGGUCAAGUGCUGGGACCUCGAGUACAACAAGGUCAGGCACUAGAACGAAUGCAACGAACCGCAGUGCAUUAUUUACCUAGCUUGACUUUAUCAUUGCAGUACCACAUUAUUGAACGAGCCCUAACUGUUAUUGUGGAACCCUUACUCCUGUAAUGAGGACACCUCUAUAAACUAAGGAUACCUUUUCUUUCCCCAAGAACGUGAGGUUCUUGAAUGCAAAUUAACCCCUAAAGCGAGGACACCUUAACUACUAAGGACACCUUUUCUUUCCCCCAAGAACAGUUCAAUUUAACCCCUACACUUCUCAUUGGUGCCUGGAUUGGGGGGUUUCCACUGUGUAGCUAUAUACUGUGUGUCGUAGUAUCAGCUGUGUGUUGGUUUGCAAGUGGUCCGUCACUACCACGGUCACCUGAGUGGUGUCUACUGCAUGUCCCUCCACCCGACCAUCGACGUCCUCCUGACUGGAGGCAGGGACGCCACGGCUCGCGUGUGGGACAUGCGGACAAAAGCCUGCAUUCACACCCUCGGUGGACACACCAACACAGUGGCUGAUAUUCUGACACAAGCACCCAAUCCUCAGGUGGUGACAGGGAGUCAUGACUGCACCGUUCGUCUGUGGCAGCUGGCAAGACGAAGGCCGUCCUCACCAACCACAAGAAGAGCAUCAGAGCCCUCUUCAUGCACCCUACAGAGUUUUGUUUUGCCAGCGGGUCUCCAGACAACAUAAAGAUAUGGAAGCUACCCGACGGGAAUUUCUUGCAAAACUUCACUGGCCACCAGUCAAUAGUCAACACACUGGCAAUAAACUCUGAUGGGGUCCUUGUCUCUGGAGGGGACAAUGGGAGCCUUCACUUCUGGGACUGGAAAACUGGCUACAACUUUCAGAAACACCAGACCACGGUGCAGCCAGGGUCACUGGACAGCGAGGCCGGCAUCUUCAAGUGUCUGUUUGACGUGAGUGGUUGCAGACUCCUCACUGCCGAGGCCGACAAGACAAUCAAGAUUUACAAAGAGGACGACACUGUGACUGAAGAGUCUCAUCCAAUUGUUUGGAAACCUGAGAUUAUGAGAAGAAAGAGAUACUGAAAACAUGCACCUUCAACACGAUGCCCUAUAUCUCUAAUACUGAAACUGGCAUUUUUACAGUUUGUUUAUGUAAACCGCCUUUUGAUUGAGCAUUUGUUGACAGGACUGUGGUUUGCAGCUAAGGUGGGAAAUAUACUGAGUGUUUGGGAGCAGCUGGAUGUGUCAACUUGGAGUCAAUGGAGUGUCCAACCAGAGAGUAUGCUACUGGAUGCUCCCAUGACAAAACAAGUGUUGGUGUAAGCAAGACUGCAACAUUUUCUUAUCUGUGUGGUUACACUCCACAAAAAUCACCCCCUAUGUAAUGAUCAGGUAGUAUGUUCAUCAGUUCAUGCACCGCAGUACAUGAGAGUCAAAACUGGUGGAUGUAGCUAUUAGCUACCCUCAGGACCACCAAACAAAGUUAUAGCUACAUAUAAUUAUACUAUGUUUGUGUUUGUGCCAGGCUGGGGUGGGGGUUU